ACCAUGUGAAACUCACACACAACUGAUCAAUCAGUUCAAUCAGUUGAGUUAGAAUUUACGAAUAAUUACUAUUUUACAAUACCUUAGUCCACAAGCGAGACGAAAACCCGAAACUUGCAUUGCAGAUUUCAGUAUUUGGUUUUACCCGCGCUAUGCUAACUACUAUUCCUAUAUAUAGAAAAUCAACCAUCAUUCUUUGAUCCAAUUCUUUCUCAAUUCACCUUCAUCAUUUUUUUCACACAUUACAUUAACCCUACAUACAGAAGCAUUUUUUUUCUUCCCGCGUUAUCACCAAAUAGCCGCCACAAGAAACAAUGGAUACAGUUUUUGAUUCUCGUCUUAAUAGGGAAAUUGAAACCCUUACUGAAAGAUUACAUCCUCCCAGGGUUUGUAUAGACAAUAAUUCAUGCAGAGACUGUACAGUUGUUAAGGUAGAUAGUGCAAACAAAUAUGGGAUAUUAUUAGAGAUGGUACAGGUGUUGACAGAUCUUGACCUCUGCAUUUCCAAGUCAUAUAUUUCCUCUGAUGGUGGAUGGUUUAUGGAUGUGUUCCACGUCACUGAUCAAGCUGGCAAGAAGCUCACUGAUAAUAACCUCAUGCGCCAAGUUGAGAAGGAACUAUGUGCCACAAGAGCAAAAGAGGACAUAUAUGAUGAAACAGAACUAGAAAUCUGCGAGGAAUUAAAGUCAAAUUACUCAAAACAAAACGUUUCAACGGAGCACACAGCAUUGGAGAUGAGUGGGAUGGAUCGACCGGGCCUACUAUCAGAAAUAUCAGCAGUGUUAGUGGACAUGGGCUGCAGUGUUACCUCAGCAACGGCAUGGACCCACAAUGGAAGGGCAGCCUGUAUAAUUUACGUAGAAGAGGCAUCCAGACCUGGUCCCAUCAAGGAUCCAAAACGGUUGGCUCAGGUAAAGGAACAGCUGGAGAAUGUUGUGGAGGCCCGUGGGGGGAAGGGGGAGAGAAACAACGUGAGGUUAAGAAACUUCCCGGCCGGGCGAACACACACCGAAAGGCGGCUUCACCAGUUAAUGUACGCCGACAGGGAUUACGAGAGUUGUCAUGCCUGUCACGGGGAUACUAGCGGAUAUCACAAAAAGGGGUGUGAUGGGACUCAUGUUUCUAUUAGUAGAUGCGAGGAUAGAGGGUAUUGGGUGGUGAAUGUGAUAUGUAGAGACCGUCCUAAAUUGUUGUUCGAUACUGUGUGUAUUCUAAGGGACAUGCAGUAUGUAGUGUUUCACGCCGCCAUUAGUUCCAAGAAAUCCAUUGCUAAUCAGGAGUACUUUAUAAGGCACAAGUGGAAUGGUAUAGCUCUCCAAACCGAAAGCGAGAAGGAAAAAUUCAUCUUAUGCAUAAUAGCUGCUAUAGAGCGCAGAGUCUCACAUGGUUUAAGGGUUGAUAUUUGCACUCAAAAUAGAAUGGGUUUACUAUCCCAAGUGACUCGUGUGAUUCGUGAAAAUGGACUAUCAAUACCGAGGGUUGAGAUUGGACCACGGGGAGAGAAUGUGGUGGGAACAUUCUAUGUCACAGAUCCUUCAGGUCAACAAGUGAACCCAAAUAUAGUUGAAGUGUUGAGACAAGAGAGCCGUGGAUCCGCCGAUGUAGUUACUAAUCACAAUGUGCCUUGUGGGCUUUCUCGAUCAUCAUCGUCGUCAUCCUCUUCAGUUAAUAAUAGUAGUGUAGAGGAUAAGGCAAGAUAUUCUAUUGGAAGCAAGCUAUGGUCUCAUUUUGGGAAGAUUUCAUGCAACUUUGGUCCCAUUAAAUCCUGAAAAGCUCUCAUCUACAGAACUAGUUUUCUACUUGAAGGAACUUCCCUACCAAAUAUCUUUGUACAUAGAAAUUUUUAGUUAGUUUUCAUUUUUCUCCUUAUUCUUUUCAAUCUCCUAUUCAUUCCUUUGGGAAAGGGCAAAGGGCAAAGCUAGAGAGAAACUACUCUGGCCUGUUCUUGGUGGUCACUCUGUAAAUAUGUAUCCCAAGCCAGUCCACGAUAAAAAAUAAAAAUCACUAACAAUUUUUUAAAA